AUGUCUGUGGGUACUCUAUACGCCUGCCGCUCCCCAAGGGUUAGACUCGUAAAAGCUUUGAUUAAGUACUUGAAGCUUGACAUCGAAAUUGUCAAUGCAGCGGAGAGUGCUCAGUUUGCGGAAUUGUUCCCACUGAAAAAAAUGCCAGCAUUUGUUGAUGCCAAGGGAUACAAGUUGACCGAGACGAUUGCUAUCGCUUAUUACUUCGUUUCUUUGGCGAGUGACGAAAAAGCGAAGACGACGUUGCUAGGUGGCAGUGCCAAGGAGAAGGCUGAUAUCUUGAGAUGGGCUUCUGUUGCCAACCAAGAGGUCUCAAGCGCAUUUAUGAACCCUCUCUUUGUGCUUCUGGGCCGCCAGCCGUACAACAAGAAGGUGGUUGAGUCCAGUCUUGCUGAACUUGAUCUGCUAGCUCAAUUUUUCGAACAGAGGUUGAGGGAGUUCACCUACUUGGCUGCUGAAAGAAUCACCCUUGGUGAUCUGGUUGGUGCUGUCGCCUGGGCCCUUCCUCUUGGCAUGAUCUGUGGUCCUGAGUUCAGGGAAAGACACCCUUACUUGACCAGAUGGUUCAACACCGUUUUGGCUUCUCCAAUCUUCAAAGAAGAAUACAGCGACUUCAAAUUUGCUGAAAAGACAAUUGAAGCACCAAAGAAGCCAAAGGCUGAGAAGCCAAAGAAGGAUGCUGAACCAGCCAAGCCAGCCGCCAAGAAGGAAGAACCAGAGGACGCCGAGCCAGCUGCUCCAAAGAAGCCAAAACAUCCUCUAGAGGCUCUUGGCAAGUCCACUUUCGUUCUAGACGAAUGGAAGAGAAAGUACUCCAACGAGGACACCAGAUCAGUCGCUUUGCCAUGGUUCUGGGAGCACUACAACCCUGAAGAAUACUCCAUCUGGAAGGUCGACUACAAGUACAACGACGAAUUGACUUUGACCUUCAUGUCCAACAACUUGGUCGGUGGUUUUUUCAACAGAUUGUCCGCCUCCACCAAGUACAUGUUCGGUUGUUUAGUCGUCUACGGUGAAAACAACAACAACGGUAUCACCGGUGCUAUGAUGAUCAGAGGCCAGGACAACGUCCCAGCCUUCGACGUCGCUCCAGACUGGGAAUCCUACUCUUACACCAAGUUGGACCCAUCCAACGAACAAGACAAGGAAUUCAUCAACAACAUGUGGGCUUGGGACAAGCCUGUCAUUGCCAAUGGCGAAUCCAGAGAAAUCGUCGACGGUAAAGUGUUGAAAUGA